UUCCGGGGCAGUAGGAGCAGCUUCUUGGAGAAGGUAGUGGCGGCUGUGAGGGAGGAGGCGGCCUGGGCAAUGAUAUAAUCAUGUCGAAUAAAGAUGAUCUUGAGAAUGCAGUGAUAACUGAAGCAACUCCCAUCCGUGAAGAUGAGAACUGUGAGCCAGCCAAGAAUUUUGAGUCAGUUGACCAAAGUGCCAAGUCAGAGAGUAAAUCAGAACCUGUAGCUUCUACUCGGAAAAGACCAGAGUCCAAACCUUCCAGUGACCUUGAGAAAGAAGUUCUCCCUGUUCAGGCAUCACAGGCUGCAGGCAAAGAGACUGUUUCCAAAGAUGUACCCCAGUCCGGAUGGGGCUAUUGGGGCAGUUGGGGCAAGUCCUUGCUUUCCUCAGCCUCAGCUACAGUAGCCACAGUAGGACAAGGUAUUUCAAAUGUCAUUGAGAAGGCAGAGACUUCCCUUGGAAUCCCUAGUCCUAGUGAAAUUUCAACAGAAGUCCAGUAUGCAACAGGAGAGACAAAUGCCAAAGAGAAUGGAAACUCCUCUCCAGUGAGUGGGCCAUUUGGGGUAUUCUCGACCAUCUCUACUGCUGUUCAGAGCACAGGAAAGAGUGUUAUCAGUGGGGGUUUGGAUGCCUUAGAAUUCAUUGGAAAAAAGACAAUGGAUGUAAUAGCAGAAGGGGAUCCUGGAUUUAAAAGAACCAAGGGUCUGAUGAACCGGACUUCUACAUUGUCUCAGGUUUUACGAGAGGCAAAGGAGAAAGAAGAACUAUGGACUUCCAAUGAGGUUACCAUGGAAACAGACAAGAAAACUCAUUAUGGGCUACUCUUUGAUGAAUUUCAAGGCCUUUCACAUCUAGAAGCUCUGGAGAUGCUCUCUCGAGAAAGUGAAAUAAAGGUGAAAUCUAUUCUUAAUUCUCUAAGUGGAGAAGAAUUAGAGACUCUAAAACUUGAACUGGAGCAACUCAAAGAAGCAUUUUCCCUAGCAGAGCUCUGUGAAGAAGAGGAGGAAGAGAAGAAAGGGGAUGAAGACUUUACCAAAGAGAUAACAGAGCUAUUUUCCCAGCUGCAUGUCUCCUCCAAACCAGAGAAACUUGCCAGGGCAAGAAAUACAGCCUAUGAGUGGAUCAGGACAUCUCUGGCCAAACCGUUGGAAGAGAAGGAAGAAGGAGAAAAACAGUUGGAAGCAGAAAGCACUGAGCAGAUCAAUAACAAUUCAAUAGAGGAUAUCCAUGCAUUUGCAAUCCAGAGCCUAGCAGAACUGACUGCCUGCUCAAUUGAACUUUUUCACAAAACAGCAGCUCUGGUUCUACAUGGCGGGAAACAGGAAGUAACAGCCAUAGAAAGGAGCAGAGCCCUUUGCCAGAUAACAGUUUUGUUGUGUAAAGAAUUGUCCUGUCUAUCUAAAGAGUUCACCACCUGCCUAACAACUGCUGGGGUAAGAAUUCAUGACUUUUAUUGGGCUAAU